CAAGCCGCACGUGCGCAGAAUUUCCCGGUUUGUCGAACUGCUUUUUCACCGACGUUUAGCACCGGUGGGCAAAAUUAAAAAGAGAAACCCUUCAAAUACUUACCGAGUACGCCUAAAUAACAGGAAAAUGGCGAUGCGAGGCGUGUGGAUUUUUAUUGCCUGUGUACUUGUAUGCCUGAAAAUGAUACCGGCAACGGAAGGAGGGAUUUUGCCGGAAACUGUAAAGUUUGCCAGCUCAAAUGAACCGUCUUUUCUUUGCCCAAGCGACAUUUCGCAAACCCUUGCGUGCUGUCGAUGGAAUGUAUACAGCAACUUAACCGACUUCAUUGACUCCACAACCUGGGAAAGGCCCCGCGGAGAUAGUAAUUUCGUAACAGCAACGGAUCCUUUGGAAGUACAGGAUGCUUCAAAGAAAACCUUAUUUUCGACGUGCAAUGCCGGUGAAGACAACGGCUCGAGUCGCACAGCGAUGUACCAGAGCAAAGGCGGUUUGUGGGCAGACGGACAACCGGUUCGAUUACAGUUCUGGUACAAAAUCCAUGGACAAGAUGAGCCGCACGCCAAACUGACCUUGUCAACCGUUGCUGCACCCGGGCGAGAACUGCACACGGUCUGGUCUGCAUCCGGACCACGUGAUGAAUGGACAACGCAGGAAGUGAUCGUGCAGGAAGACGAAGUAUACCAGCUGCGAUUUUCGGCUUUCCAUGCCUGUGCUACUUCGAUUGGCCUGGCUGGAAUAACGGCCAGAAAAGUCGAGUUGGUUGAAGAUACCAGUUGCCUUCCCACGACGACUGUAACCACAACGACAACCACCACCACUUCCACGACAACCACGGUACCAUCAACAAUGACUUUGACCAUGCGCCUGAUCCGCUUCAGUCGAAGCGAAGACUGCGACCCAGCGUGGUGGUUUUUGGACGACGAGUGUGAUAUGAAAUUCUCUAUACAAUAUAGUUGGGUCGAUGAGAACGGGCGAGCGAGGAGCCUUGGGCAAAGUUACCGAGCUCCGGAUGAUACAAACUCAGUAACCUUCCCAUCACAUAUCAGUGUUACAGCAAACGUAAAACGGAAUUCGCGCGCUGCUAUCACGAUUGAAGCAGUCGAUAUUGACCCCUGGCUUAAUCCUGAUGAUCAUAUCGCCAACUUUAACUUCCAAUACAACGUGCCUCAAAGGCCUGAGGGGACCGUACGUCGAACGGAUAACCAGAACUAUGCUGAAAUGGUAGUGGAAUUUUCUACUAAGUAUUAACUGGUUGAAUCUACUGCUACGCAGAACUGGGGCAUCGGUUUUGUCGCGGUGAUGCAAUGCUAUACCGACAUGAAAAUACCUACCACGUGUGCCAGUAACCUCUCAUUCCCUUUGUUUGCGGAGUUUAUGGAUGAAGCCGGCAUAUUUUGUUUAGGGAUGUUUGUGAUUAAAAGACAGUCGUUCCGGGU